GAGGGCCACACUGCCCCAAAGCCAGGCCGUGGAUCUCCUCUGACAGUGCCCAGGCACUGCUCAGAGGGUGGCCAACAUAGACCCCCUCCGUGGGUGCCUGGCAGACCCGGCACAACCAUGGGCUCCUCUGAAAUGCUGCAGCCCAGGGCCCAUGAGCAGGGCCCUUGGCUCUGCUCCCAUGGGCAUGCCAGAGGCUCCUGUUUCCUCUCUGAACCUCCCUCCAAGCCGCACUGUACUCACGAAGGAACAAAGUAAAAAAUGAGAGGCUUUUAAGGGAGUUUGGAGAGAUACUACAACGCACAAGAAACAACGACAUACUUGCUGGACAUCUCUGCCACAGGUGACAUAGAACGUUCUGUCAAUUUGAACUGGUAUCCACAUGAUUCUCCACCCCCAACUUUCUCUUUCCAUCUCUCAGAGCCUCCUUCCCUCUACCCUCAAGUGUGGUUUCGAUAUGGCUAGGGAAUGGACACUAAAAAUAUUUCAGGAAUGACGUGACCCUCUCUCUCCCCAUCCAGGAAAGGGAUAAUACUUUAGGAGAAGCAGCUCACGCUUUCUUUUCAUUUCUGGGAAUUCAGGGGUCCAUCUACGGAUGCUGCUGCUUCCGGAGCUGACGGCACUUGGGUCUCCAGCUGUACACGGUGCCAGGUCAGCUGCUGGACAGGACAGCUCAGCUGCAGAACGCUGGCCGUGGUCUCGGAGGGAGCUCUGGCCCCUGGGGCCUCAGAGCCCCUCUGCAACCUGGUCCCUCCGGCUGGCCCUGGCCAAGAAACCGGGGCUGAAAUCCUGGGAGGUGGCAGCAGAGACAAAGGUGCCCACAGCCCCCGCCCACGGGGCUCCACUGUCCCUCCAGGACAGUUCAGUCACUCCACACUGCCUCUCCCUGUCACUGAGAGCCAGGCAAGGACUCAGGAUGGAAGACGCCAGUAGGGCCACCGCAGGAGACCCGGCCAGCGGCUCUGGAGACAGCGGGCCGCAGCCUCGGACAAGCGCCCUAGAGACAGGUGCACGUCUGGGGAGCCCCGGGGCUGAGGCCCUACAGGACAACCCUGCUGUCGCCCGGGCCAACCCUGCUCCCCUGGACUCAGGGCACCGCUCCUCCUCCACCUCUUCUUCCUCCUCCUCUUCUUCCUCCUCAACAGCAGACGCAGAAGAUCACAGCCUCCCAGGGGCGUGCGGCUCCCCCGCGUCCCUAGGAGCCCCUGCCACCUCCUCCUCGUCCCUCAGCUUUGAUAGCGAUGGCGAGGCGGCCGGGGGAGGGGCGCGGGGGUGCGCGGGGGGGCCGAGCGGCGUGGGCGCUCGGGCCCCCCCCGGGGACCAGGACGCGCACUACAUCACCACGCGCGGGAUCCAGCCUAGCGAGGUGGAGCAGGACGCUGACUUCGACGUGGGGCUGGCCGCCCGCUGGGACUUCGAGGACAACAACGUGAUCUACUCCUUCGCGGACUACGCCUCCUUCGGUGGCAGCGACGAGACCCCAGGGGAGGUCACCACGGCCACCGAAGAGGACGAGGACAACAGCUGUUACCUCAGCACCCCGCCCAGCCCAGCGGCUCCGCGCUCUCCCAGCCCGGCCAGCAGCGACCCUGGGCGCGCGAGAGCUAUAAAGGAGCAAGCCCCGGGGCGCGCCCAGCAGAGCCCCGCGCGCGCCGCCGGGCGUGCGGGCGCCAUGAGCCUCCGCGUCCCCGCGGCCGCCGCCCGCCUGCAGCCCCGCGGCGGGGCGGUGCGCGCCCGGGAACCGGCUGAUCGCUCCAGCGGGGCCUCGAGUGCAGUAAGCGAGCUGGACGACGCGGACCAGGAGGUGCGCAGCCUCACUGCGCGCGCCUUCCGCAGCUUAGCCUACCCCUGCUUCGAGGCGCUGCGCAUCAGCUCGCGCGAGUCCUCGGCAGCGCUCUCCGAAGCCGGCUUUGGGCGCUGGUCGACUUUCUUGGACCUGAAAUGCGGCGGUGUCGGUGCGCGCGUGGAGCAGAGCCUGCUCCGAGGUAGUGCUGCGGGCGCGGCGGCGAGGCUGAGGCAGGAUGGCGCCGAGCGGCCACGCGCGCAGGCCCGGAGGUCGCAGAGCAAGGCGCUGGAGUUCGUGGUCAGCAAGGUGGAGGGGGAGAUCAAGCACGUGGAGACGCCGCUGUGUUUCCAGGGCGGGCCGCGCGUGGUUACAGUGCUGGAGCCUCUCGGCUUGUGCAGUGAGAGCAACACUACCGCCACCCGGAACACCGCCGGCCCCCGCUCCGACAGCUUGCAUCCCAAGUCGACGUUUGCGUCCAGUCUGCUCAAGAAUGUCAUUUCCAAGAAGAUGCGGCGCGAGCAUGAGUUCCGCAUGGAGCGCGGUGAGGUCGGCGACACGUCCUCUGAGCCUGAGGCCGGGCCGGGGCCUGAUCGUAAGCGUGGCCUGCAGCGACAGAGCUCACGAGUAUCCGAGGCAGGCUCCGAGGUCUCAGGCGGUGGGACUCGAUCCCCGGUGUUCCAGGCCCGCGUACCCCGAGAGGCUGGGAGGGUACCGUCAGACAGCGGCUCUCAGGGCGCCCUGCUGCGCAGCCGGAACAGCGCGUUCCGCUCUUGGGGAGACCAAGACCCCUCCGCGCCGGAGGAGGAGGUGAACGCAGGCGGGAGGCCCGGGCCGCGCGCUGCAGGGGACUGGAGGGCGGACCUCGGGGAGAUCUCAGCCGGCAAGGCCACCCUCAUGUCUCGCCUCUUCGUGCCCGGCAUUCAGCAGGCACCCAGGGACAGGCCGCCCGGAAAGCAGGCUACUAAGCACGCGGCCGCGCAGGCGCCUCCUGCCGCUGCCCGGGCUCGGGCACCAGAGAUUAAGAUCCGGCUGGGCAGCGUGCGGCAGCCGGGCGCGGACUUCAGUAUAGCGCAGCUGCUCACACCGCGGCUGGCGAGCGGCGCCCCCAACCCCGCCAAGACAGGCGACGAAGGAGGCAGAGCACCGCCCAGGUCGUUUCGCGGUGAUGGUCUGGACAAGGUUCCGCAGUUCCAGGUGCGAGACGUCAGGGACAAGUCCAAGGCCCAGGGCCCGCUCCAUCAGGUUAGAGACGUGAGGAAGCUCAUCAAAGGGUCUGGUGACAGCGGCGACAAAGGCAGCGUUACACCAGAGCAGGCGCUGGCGGCGCCCCGGCCGCACAGGUCGCUGUCACCCGUGGUGAUUACAUGCCAGGCCGUGGCGAACCUCAAGGACGAUAGCGCGGGCCGAGCGCCAGGGCAGGGCACGGCGUGUGGUGGAGCGGCGGGCGCGACUUCCCCUGAGGGCACCGUCCUGGUGCACCGCGCCUCAGGCAGGCUACCUGUGGCCACCAUCGCGCCCAACAAGCCAGAGCAGGGCUCCUACCUGCCAGUGCUCAAGAUCGUCACCAAGGCCUCGGCUCGCAGGACCCCUGAGCGGCCCCGCGAAGAGGACGCGCGGGAGGAGCGCAGGGGCUCGGCCCCAGCACGAGGUGCCUUGGAAAAGCUGACUGCUGCGGUGAGGUCCAUGGAGGAGCGGUACAGCCUGGGCGCGAGCGCGUGGAAGCGCAGGAGUGACCCCCUGCCUGGGAUGGCCGACAGCCACGUGCUGCCACUCGUCGCCAGUGAGGAGAGAGACGCGGCAGCCGCGCGGCGCGAGGGGGACCCCGGAAGGUCGAACAGGCCCUCUGGCGAAGCGGAGGCGCGCAGUCAAGUAAACCGAACCCUGCGGCGCAGGAACUCCAAUCCCGGAGCCGACAGCGUGUCCGCGCGGGCCGCCGCCUUUGAGAACCUGGCUCGAGAGCGGCCGCGGUCCUUAUACGUCUCCGGAGGAGCCGAGCGCGCGCAGCCUCUCGCUCCGUUGCCUGGAGGCCGACAGGUGUCCACCGUGAGCGCCACUGGGGGCAUCGCUGGCAAGUUUCCGCAGGGGUCCUCCGCGGACAGCAACAAGCCGCAGGGUACCCGGUCCCCCAAACCUUCCACUACCCAGGCGCCCGCUGACGAGGCAGCCUCCCGGAAGGGCGGCUCUGCGCCGGAGAAGGGUACUGGCGAUGGGGAUAACUACCUGGCUGUGCCCCUGCGAGCCGAGCCACCGGGGUCCUCCGCGCCCUCCCUCUGCAGCCUGCCCCCCCUGAGCGCCCGCAGCCAGGCCCCUGGGAGCCCCAAGGGCGCCCUGGUCAGUGGGACCGGACGCCCUGCCUGGCGUACCAAGCCAGAGCGUCCCCGGGAGGCCGCGGCCGCCCCCACGGGCCCGCGCAGCCCAGAGCGCGCGCCCACGGCAGUGUAUCCUCAGCCACCACCCUUCCCACUAGGCACGCAGCCGCAAGUGCUCUGCUUCUCCCCUCCUGGCCUGCCUGGCCCCUCAGGACCUGCCGGCGUUCCUACUGGGGUCCCUGCAGACCCCUUCCCGCAGCCAACAGCACCGCAGACGCAGCGGAAGAUGCUGUUGGACGUGAGCACCGGCCAGUACUACCUAGUGGACACGCCACUGCAGCCUGCCACGCGCCGGCUCUUUGAUCCUGAGACCGGGCAGUACGUGGAUGUGCCAAUGACCUCGCAGCAGCAGGCCGUGGCGCCCAUGUCGCUGCCGGUGCCACCCCUGGCGCUGAGUCCCGGGGCCUAUGGGCCCACCUACAUGAUCUACCCCGGCUUCCUUCCCACCGUACUUCCCACCGGCGCUCUGCACCCCACGCCCAUCGCUCACGCGCCGGGGAGCGGCGAACUCGCCCUUGCGGCAGAGCCGCCCAGCAAAGAGGCAGCGGCCGCGGUGGCCUUCUCUGAAGUGCCCUACUUUGUGGCAGCCGGCCAGACCCCGGCUUCUCCAUCCUCCUCGGCCCCUUCGUCCACAGCGCAGCUCGUGGGGGCCAAGGGCUUCACUCAGCUGCACCCCAAGCCCGUCAUCAGCAUCACCUCUCAGCCCCUAGGGCCGCGGCUCGUCGCCCCACCCUCCUUCGACGGCACCACCAUGAGCUUCGUAGUGGAGCACAGAUGACCGGAGCACCGGCGCGGCUGGGCAGCUGCUGGAGCAAGACAGAAAUACAGAUGAUUCUCUUUUAAUCUGAAAGUUGUGUCACAAUAAGAAUUCACCUGAAAAAGUUCUUUCACGUGUAUAAUUCAUUUUUACUUCUUAUAAGCUGUGUGUCAGUUUAUGUAUUUUAUUGAACAACUCUCCUAAGCCAGCUCUUGUUAUUUUAGUUUUAGGAAGUGAUUGAUUAUAUCUUCCCUGUGCAGCCAUUUUUAAAAAAAUAUACUUUAAUGCAGGCCCUAGAUUUCUACCCCUUACCCCAUUCUUGCUCUAUUAGGCGGAGACCCCUUGAAGGUCUGCAUGGUUCAGCCAUGCAACCAUACAACAGAAGGAGACAGGCUCUAUUUACACCAGGACAGCAAAUCAGGCAUUUGCAUAACUAGUUGCCUUAUAGGUUCUGAAACUUAACCAAGUGUGGCCAGCAGAAUUGUCACAAUCAGGGGGCUUUAAAGACUACAAGUCUGCUCUUUUAGUCAUAUUCCCACCAAAUCCCCUCAUUCUCUCAGUUGUACUUUGUCUGUCCUUCAUUCAGGUUUCACAUGAUUUCAGGUGUAACUGUAAAAAUCAGUGGUUUUCACUUUUGGGCUCUGCUUUAAUUUUUCCUAUUUCUACAAUGCAAGGACACUGUGUUGCCCUGAAAUAGGAAGACUUGAGAUACUGGAGACACAGUGGUUAAAAUUACACUCUCAGUCAGAAAAAGGUACAAGUAUGACUCUUCAGAAUCCAGCCUUUGUUGUGAGUGUGUAGAGUUUUAUCUUCCUCUCCAUUGAUUUCCUCUGGUUGCAUCUCCCAUCCCUCAGGUCCUCUGGGGUGUGGAGCUCACUCUGUUGGGAGAGUAGUGCUCAGGGGUGGCCACCCUGGCCUACAUCAUCUCUUCAGCAGUGACCUAGAAUGGCUUCCCUGGAGGCAGGCCUGCAAGAUGUGAGGAGUUGGGCCUGGGAGAUGGCUCAGUAGAAUAAGUGCUUGCCUGGCAAGUGUAAGGGCCUGAGUUCAAUUCCCAGUUCUUCCAGAAAAAAAAAAAAAAAAAAAAAAGAUGUGAGGAGUCAAAUCCUGGUUCUUUGUUGACCCUGGGUGCUGCCUCAGUUGUAACCCUUUUGAGGGCUGUCGGAGAGUGUUCCCAGUGUAUACUGGAGAGUUGGUUGAACGGACACCUAUUUAGUCUGUUGUGAUUAAUAAUUUUGUCUAUAUAUACUCAGUCAACAUUAUGGAAACAUUCUUGGUCACUUUCUAAAGUAGUAGCCCUUUAAAACUUGAACAUUUUCCCAAAAUUUGUGCAGGGAAUCUCUUUCUUUUUGGUUUAAAGCAUUCAAAUAACUUUUGAAAAGCACUGUUUUGAUUUUAGUGAAUAUCUAUGCUUAGUUUCUGCUUAAAAUUUCUCCUUGAAGCCACAGAAUUUUAUGCUACUCAUAAGAUUGAAUUUGGUGUGGCUCUUUAAAAAAAUACUCAAUUUCACUUUCAGGCCCUUCUCCAUAGGGAUUUCACUUUCUAAAACAAAGUAAAUUCUCCUGGGUAAAAAGAUGUGAACAGGAUGUGUCAGUUCUUGCCACAGUCGCUUCCUCUCUGGCCUGGGGAACUGUGACAGGAACCAGUCUUCACUCUCUGUGAGACAUGAAAUCUCAGGUGUCUGAACGUGACUCUUGAAACUAUUACUGAUGGGCAGCACUAGCACUAGUGCACCUGGCUUACAGCCUAGACCACUCCGGGAAACCCCAGUGGUCACUUUCCUCAGAGACUGUGGGAGAGCUGAGGGUUUAGGGGCCCCCAAGCUACUUAUCAGUAUCUAUCACGAGCAGACCCGAGCUUGAAAGUUACACACUGAAGUAAACUAGCAUAGUGACUGGGUAAGAAAUAACUUUUCAUUCCCUGGUUUUAGCAAAGAGGCUGAGCCAUCUGGGAAGUUGCCAAGUAUAUAGAAAUUGUUCAAAUGGUUUAAAAUGUAACUUUAAAAUAGUGUUCUAUGUUCUGUGUCAGCUGUUGCUAUUUUACAGUUCUCUGUGCCAUCAAACCAUGCAAAGCUGCUAGGGCACUUACUACCUCAGUCCACAGAGAAAGAACACAUUUAUGCCAUGAGAUAAAUCUUGGUCUCACUUAUCUCCUUGUCAUUUUUUGAGGCUGCAUGGAUAUUUGAACAAAGUAGUUACACUCUUCCCUUUUUAGCCAGAGCAGAAUAGAGCACGUUUAUGAAGCCCUCUCACAUAAAACUAUUACCUCAACAAUGUCCAUUUCACUACUGAAUUACCCUUUUAUGAUUUAUGUACAUAAAACUCCUAAAGAAACAUGUCCUGAGCCUGAGCUCGAAUCUGAUAAGAUAGCAGAGUCUGGUUUUUGUGAUUUCUUCUCAGGGAUUACCUGGGCAGUUCAGUCUGUCUAAGAACCACAGCACGCACUGUAAAAAUCUUGACCUGUUUUCUCUUUUUACCUGGUGGUAAAAGUUUAUGUUUAAAUAGGCCCCUGUUGAAUUUUUCUGGAAAGAUGAACACAUAAGUAACCAGGAUGAGCAUGCAAUUCACUAGAAUGUAUUUCUCUAAAGACGCUCACUGAAAUCUCCCUCAGAAUUUAAUGAAGCCCACAAAUGCAGAUAGUGACUUAGCAUCUAGGUCUGUAGAUAUUCAUCACUGUCUAAGUGAGCUUCUGUAAGUUACCCUUUGACAAUGUUAUGGUAAAUCUCAAAUAUUGAACCUGCAUUUCAAAUCAUCAUUAUUUCACUAGGAAGUAGCUAGUGUUACAGAUUCCUUUUUCUUAAUUUCCAAUCUGACUUUGUCAUGUGUGCCUCUUAAAAAGGCCUACGGCAUUUUGAUUGUCUUCAAAUAUCACAGAAAUGAACGUCUGUUUGCUCGAACUAGAAUGCUCAUGCUACCUGAAAUAAUACUUUGGACUGCAGGACAGUACUGAUGCCUAAGUAGGUUGACUACAUUACUGUCAUGAUAAGUAUGUAUAUGUGCAUGGAGAAACACAUUCGAUAAUAGUCUGUAUUUAAAAGUACCAUAGCAUACAUAUUCCUAUGUGGUGCUUGAGGAGUUUCAUCCUACAGUUUACAAGGUGUAGAUUUGCACCCCAAAUUCUCAGGGUAUGUUAUUUUACCCAAAUACUUGAAAGAAAAAGGUGCCCUAUAUUUUAUCAGUACUGUUGAGGGGAAACAUUGUGUGUAAGUCUGUUUGAUAAAACUAGUUAUAAAAACCAAAGCCACAAGCUGUUAAGCUUUUACAUAAUUUCUAAAAAGAUAUAUAUAUAUAUAUAUAUGGAUAAGAUAUAUUUUCAAGAGAGUGCUUUUAUUCUUCAACUUCUGGGUCCUAAGUAGACCUCACAGGUGCAUAAACUCAUUAAUAAAGCAUGUAGCAUUUGCUAAAUGGUGACUUGAGCUCAAAUCUAAUCAGGAUGGCAGACUGUGGUCCUCCAGAGAGAAACCAUGUCUGUGCCAUGUGUGACGAAGGGGCCCAGAGGAGGAUCUGAAGGUGCUCUCCUUUGUGCAGCCUACAUCUCAAGAGAGAACCAAAUGUUCGCAGACUCAUUUGUAAGCUGUUGGCAUUCAGUGUUUCAUGUUGUGACAAGAGUACAUUACAAGACAUAUUCCUGUUCAGUUCAUAAUGGUGCAGAAUCACACACCCACACACCCACAC